AUGGCUUCCUCUAAUCCCACCCUGAUCUUCUGUCCUGGGGCCUGGUACCCGCCCACGGCCUUUGAAUCCCUGGCCACUCACUUCCCCGGCCACACCACCCAUACUGUCGCCUUCCCCUCGAUCCAACAGGCCACCAGCGUCCAAGACCUGCAGCCCGAUAUCGACGCACUCCGGACCCUGGUCGAGCAGGAAGUUAGCGCGGGCAAGGAUGUCGUCGUCAUCUCGCACAGCUGGUCCGGACUACCCGUGAACAGCGCCCUGGACGGCCUCAGCAAGACCGAAAGACAAGCGACCGGCGAGACCAGAGGGGUGACCAAAUUGAUCUUCAUCUCGGCCUUCAUCCCUGACGUUGGCGAGAGCCUUAUUGGAGCCUUUGGCGGAGUUCCUCCCGACUGGUAUGACCGCGAUGAAGCCAACGGCACCGUCACCGCCGUCAACCCCUACAGCCUCUUUUUCCACGAUGUCCCCGACGGCGAGCAAUGGGCCCAGACUCUUCGUCCGCACGCCUGGGCGACCAAGAUCUCGUCCGCCUCCAGUGCCGCCUACACCCGCAUCCCUAGCGCCUAUCUCCUGUGCGAGAAUGACCGUGCCAUUCCUCUCUUCGUCCAGCAGUUGAUGGUGAAGAAAGCCCGCUCGAAGGGGGCCCAGAUCACCACUGAAACCAUUGCCACGGGCCAUUCGCCGUGGCUGGUUGAUUCCGCGCCUGUGGCUGCUUUUGUGAAACGAAGUCUGGCGUGA